CAUCUUGACGCGCAAAGGCAGUUCGAAAAUCCGCACCGAUGAAUUUUAAUAAACAACAACGAAGAAAGCAGUUCCAGAUUACUGAAAUGAAAAAGCUGUGUAACUUUCCCUGUAGAAAUUUCAAUUAUUCUCCCUCGCUUUCAAUUCUCAAUUUCAGCUUUAAUUCCCUCCUCAACGAGCUACCACCGUCCCGUCAACCAUUAUUGCAGUAGUUAUUCUUCUAGGGUUCUUUCUAAAUCUUUACCGCCUUCCACAGCAUCUUCCUAUCAUUUAUGUCAUUCAAAAUUGGGGUUUGGAUUUAUUUUUUCAAUUCCAUUUCCUCCGCUCUCUCUGUCUUUUCUUCCUCUCUUUCCUGCCAGUCUUGAUACUUUCUGCUCCCUUCUCUACUAAUUUACCACUGGGUCGUCAUUCGGGGAAGCUUCGUUCUUCGGCACGAUUCCUGCAUAAACCCCGGAGUUUCGAACUAUUUGCUUUCUUCAAUCCUAUUCCUUUGGGGUUUCUUUCAUGUGACGUUUCAAAUUGACUUUCUUUUCCUGCCGGCGCAUCAUUUUUCCUUUGUUUGAAUUGAAAUAGCUUCUGGAUUCAACUCAUACUGAGGUGGGUUGGUUGAAAGUUUAGGUCUUUCUAGAGGGAAAGAGAGAUGAGGCUAGUGGUUCGAGUGAUAGAGGGGAGGAAUUUGCCGCCAAUGGAUCCCAAUGGGCUGAGUGAUCCGUACGUGAAGCUCCAGCUAGGGAAGCAGAGGUUCAAAACUAAAGUGGUGAAGAAGAACUUGAACCCAACUUGGGGGGAAGAGUUCAGUUUCAAGGUCGAGGAUUUGAAAGAAGAGCUUGUGAUCUGUGUGUUGGAUGAGGAUAAGUACUUCAAUGACGACUUCGUUGGGCAGCUUAAAAUCCCAGUCUCCAAAGUUUUUGAUUCCGAAAACAAGUCUCUUGGCACUUCUUGGUACUCUCUCAAACCCAAAACUAAGAAGCCCAAGAACAAAGACUGUGGUGAGAUUCUUUUGACGAUACUGUUUUCGCAAAACAAUGCAUUUCUUGAGAUGGAUGGCGAUAUUGACUACCACAGUUCGAGCUUGAAGAAGAAUGGAGAUGUUGUUGGAACAGAAUCACCAUCUAGGUCGGUGAGUGGAGGAUCCAACAUUUCGAUAUCUUCAUCAAUAUUACAAGAAGUUUUAUCCUCCAAGGAGGAGAAGUUGCCUCCUGCUCCAAAGUCUUUUGCCGAGAGAAUUGCUCAAAUGUUCAACAAGAGUUCUGAUGCUACUUCGGCAUCCACGAGUAAAGCUACUGAUGUCUCAGAGCCUCAAGAACCUGUGGUGGCGCCUUCUGAGGUCCCUGAUGAAAACAAGAUUGAGGAUCAAGAAUUAUCUGGUAGCUUUGAUGAGUUUAUGAAAGAAAUGCAAUCCAGAGAUGUUGGAAAUGAGACACCAAGCAAUUUAGCAGGAGGUGUCCUGCUUGAUCAAGUAUAUGCCAUCACACCCGAGAAAUUAAACUGGAUUAUCUUCUCGCCUGAUUCAUGUUUUCCCAAAACGGUGGCAGAAGCUCAGGGUAACACUGAGCAACAGUUUGGUCCUUGGAAGUUCGACAGUGGCAGUGACAGCUUGAAAAGAGUGGUCACUUAUAUCAAGGCUCCAAGCAAAUUGAUCAAGGCUGUGAAAGCAACAGAGGAGCAAACAUAUCUGAAAGCAGAUGGGGAAGUCUUUGUCGUCUUAAUUAGUGUCAACACUCCGGAUGUCCCUUACGGAAGCUGUUUUAGGGUUGAGUUGCUUUACUGCAUUACUCCGGGCCCUGAGGUGGCAUCAGGAGAGCAGACUUCACAAUUGACAAUAUCCUGGCGUAUGAACUUCUUGCAGAGUACUAUGAUGAAAGGAAUGAUUGAAAAUGGAGCUAGACAAGGUCUAAAGGACAGCUUCGAACUAUAUGGUUCUGUGUUAUCACAACAGGUGAAGCCGGUUGAUUUGAAGGACAUGGUAUCUAACAAGGAACAGGUUUUGGCAUCACUGCAGAUAGAACCUCGGUCGGAUUGGAAGUUGGCUUUACAAUAUUUCGGCAAUUUUACAGUGGUGUCCACGGUCUUUAUUGGUGUAUAUGUGCUGGUUCAUAUAUGGUUAGCCAUGCCUAGCUCGAUUCAAGGGCUAGAGUUUGUCGGGCUGGAUUUGCCAGAUUCGAUAGGUGAAGUCAUCGUGUGCGGUAUCCUGGUUCUUCAAUGUGAAAGGGUGCUGGAACUGCUGUCCCGGUUCAUGCAGGCCAGAGUGCAAAAGAGCAGCGAUCAUGGAGUCAAAGCACAAGGAGAUGGGUGGGUGCUCACUGUUGCGUUGAUGGAAGGAAGUAAUCUGCCUGCUGUUGAUUCAAGUGGGUUCUGUGAUCCAUACGUUGUGUUCACUUGCAACGGGCAAACGAGAACCAGCUCGAUUAAGUUCCAAAAGUCUGAUCCACUCUGGAAUGAAAUAUUUGAAUUUGAUGCCAUGGAAGAUCCACCUUCUGUGCUGGAUAUGGAAGUGUACGAUUUUGACGGGCCAUUUGAUGAAGCUAUGUCUUUGGGAUACUCUGAGAUAAAUUUCUUGAGAUCUGAUAUAUCAGAUCUUGCUGAUGUGUUGGUGCCUCUCAAAGGAAAGUUAGCACAAGCUUGUCAAUCUAAGCUCCACUUGAGAAUUUUCUUGAACAAUACAAAAGGCAAUAAUGUUGUGAAGGAGUACUUAAGCAAGAUGGAGAAAGAAGUGGGCACAAAGAUAAAUGUACGUUCUCCUCAAACAAACUCUGCAUUUCAGAAGCUCUUUGGGCUUCCAUUGGAAGAGUUUCUCAUCAAUGACUUCACCUGUCACUUGAGACGCAAAAUGCCUUUGCAGGGUCGACUCUUUCUGUCAGCAAGGAUCAUAGGAUUCCAUUCGAACUUAUUUGGCCACAAAACAAAAUUCUUCUUCCUUUGGGAGGACAUAGAAGACAUUCAAGUUUCUCCUCCCACUCUCGCGUCAAUGGGCAGUCCGAUUGUCGUUAUAACUCUUCGCAGAGGCCGCGGUAUGGAUGCUAGACAUGGGGCGAAAAGCAUGGAUGCCGAGGGGAGAUUAAAGUUCCAAUUCCAUUCAUUUGUAUCAUUCAAUGUUGCACAUAGGACAAUCAUGGCAUUGUGGAAGGCCAGAGCACUAAGUCCGGAGCAGAAGGUGCGGAUUGUUGAAGAAGAAUCAGAGACCAAAGUCUUGCAUUCUGAAGAGUCUGGUUCCUACUUGGGUACUGAGGAUGUCAGCAUGUCAGAGGUUUAUUCAUCUUCCUUAUGUGUACCGACCAAUUUCUUGAUGGAAUUGUUUGGUGGCGGUGACUUGGAGCGUAAAAUCAUGGAGAAAGCCGGUAGUCUUAGUUACUCGUACACCCCAUGGGAGUCGGAGAAACCUGACGUAUACCAGAGACAAAUCUAUUUCAGAUUCGAUAAGAGCAUAUCACGCUAUCGAGGAGAGGUCACCAGCACACAGCAGAAGUAUCUACUUCCUGAUAAGAAAGGUUGGAUGGUGGAGGAAGUUAUGACACUUCAUGGUGUACCACUUGGCGACUAUUUCAAUCUUCACUUGAAGUACCAGAUUGAAGACUCGCCCAUAAGUCAGAAAAGCUGCAAUGUGCAAGUUCUCUGUGGGAUUGAAUGGUUGAAGAGCACCAGGCACCCGAAGCGCAUGACGAAGAACAUCUACUCCCAUCUGGAAGAUCGCUUGAAGGUUAUGUUCAGUGUCCUCGAGAAGGAGUAUGCAAAUGUAUAACACAUGAAUGCCGGUUCUUCUGCCUUCUGCAACAUUCAGUCUGAAUGAAAACUGAAAUAUUCCAUUAAUCAUGUGGAUUGAGAAUCAGGGGGAAAACGGCUUACAAUGGUCAGUAAAUAUCUGUACAGUUGACAUCCAUGGUCUGCAGCCUCUUGUGUGUUGCACAGGGAAAACUUAUAUCUGGGUAAAUGCGGGUUUUCCAGCUUGCGAGUGAUGGAAGAAAGCCAGGGCUGGAGAAUAAUGUUUGUUAUCAUGUUGUUUGUAGGUUAGUGUAUUGAGGUUGUUGUACUGUAAAUUAAUUUAGGUUUUAGAUUGCUUGUUGCCGUUUGCCAACAAUAUGUUGAAGUUGUAAUUGUGAGAGAGGUGGCAUUUUCAUGAGGUACUUCCACCAUGCUUUUCAUGUAUAAUAGAGCAAUUUUUAUCGUAGAAGGGUGGAAUGAAAUUUUGUAGUUAUAGUUAGACUUUUGUAUAAAAAUUGAUAUUACAAAUUUUCCACAUUUUAAUGUAUAAUAAUUUACAGUUAUUUCUUAUAUUUGACUUUAUCGUGAUCGUCAAAAUUAUACGAAGUUAAAAAAAAAAUCGGAAAAGUUUUUUGUUUUUAUUAAAAAAGAAGCAAGGGUGUAUUGAUAAAGAAAGAAAUAAGAUUCCAAAUGAUAUUUGUCUAAACACCAAUUCAAUGUUCAAUGGAAUUAUUGUAUGUCAAUCCAAUUAACUUUGUAACUUCUCUUUAAGUUCUUCAAUCUAUGAAUAAAAAUAACCUUAGUUUUUAUCUUUCAUUUAUUGGAUUCCUAUAACUCAUUUUCAAAGAAUAACACUCCAACUUUAACGAGUAAUUGAUCACUUCAACUUUCAAAUUUUAGUAACUGAAUCACUAUUUGUCGUCCUAAAUUUUAAAUUUUAUCGCCCUAAAAAGCAUUAAACUGACAUUCUUACCCCUAGUCCCAAUUUUAACAUAGUGGUCGGCGAGUCGAGCUCUUUCGUCCUCUGACCGCUUCUGCCUCCUGCCGUUGUCGGAUUCUUAUCUCCGGCGCUGCCCACCUCAACCUCAUUGUCGAUGAUGCUCUUUUUCUACGACGGGAGUUGAUCCCAAACAGGAAGAGGAAGAAAAAGGCCGCCCCACCUCCUCUGUUAUUGUUGUCGCUGUCGGAGUUCCUCCCAAGCAGGCGGAAGAAGAACGAAGAAGAAGGCCGUAAUACUCCUUCUGUUGGCGCUGAUGAGUAGGAGGAAGAAGGAUACAAAACAGCUUUCAUGUAUAUAUUUACUGUUACCAUUUGUACAUAUACUUAUAAAUAUUAUUAAUAAUAAUUGCCAUUAUGGUUUUGCAGCAAGAGCAUCGUGUCCUACAUAAAAGGCAAAACAACUUUGAGUACUUGAUUAAAUGGUAAGGAGAAUGAUCGUUCAGAGCUUUGGGAUUGAGAAAUACGUGGAUGAACACCUUAACUCUACAAUUUAUCGGUUGAGAAUGAUGAAAUACAAAUAAAGUAAAUUUAAAUUAGUUAGGACGAAAAAUAAGGAAUUUUAGAGCGACGAAUAGCAAUGCUCUUUAGUAAUCCAUCCACUUCACCAAUCACUCGAUCAAAAUGAAGCCUUAAUUAUUAAUGAGGCUUGCCAAGUGGUAUAAAAGGACUUAAUUGGA